AUGGCGGCACACAAUUGACACAAUGAAAGUGGCAUGGAUAAAUUCCUUCCAUUCACAGACCCAACCAACUCCCAAUUCCCCCCACCGACGCGCCUCUUGACUCUUCCCCGCCGCCGCCCGGCGGGAUGAAGCAGAGGACAUGGCCGCCCAAGUUCGAGAGCCCUCCCCCCUUCAUCGCGCUCCAUUUGGUCAAGAAACAGGCCGCCACCCGACCCGACCCGCGGGCUUCCUGCAAAUCGAGGAGCUCGAAGCCGCCGUUCUCCGAUCCGCACUCCGGCCGUGCCCCCCAGCGGGACUACUCUCAGCUCCCCUACGACGUGCUGGGGAAGAUCGCGGCGGCCUUCUCGUGGAGCGACCUCCGCGCGGCGUCGCUGGCCUGCAAAUCGUGGGGCGACGCGCUCCGCCCCUUGAGGGAGGCGAUGCUGUUCCUCAGCUGGGGGAAGCGAUUCAAGCACGGCCGCGGCGAGGUCAAGCCCAACUUGGCCAAAGCCCUCGAUUGCUUCCUCAAAGGGGCGGCGCGUGGGUCCACUCUCUCCAUGGUGGAGGCCGGGCUCUUGUAUUGGGAGAUGGGGAGGAAGGAGGAGGGAAUCGAUUGGUACAGGAAGGCAGCCGUGCUCGGCGACCCCACCGGCCAGUGCAAUUUGGGAAUCUGUUUCUUGCAAGGUGAGACUUCAAAAUGGGAAGAGGGUGUUAAGUGGUUGUAUAGAGCUUGUGUUGCCGGUCAUGUUCGUGCUCAGUACCAAAUUGCACUGUGUUUCCAUCAGGGUCGCGGCGUGCAUAAGAAUUUUCAGGAAGCCGCCAAGUGGUAUCUGAAAGCUGCCGAAGGUGGAUACGUGCGUGCCAUGUAUAACACUUCAUUGUGCUAUUCAUUUGGAGAGGGGUUGGCGCAGUCACAUAAAUUGGGGAGGAAAUGGAUGAAGAAGGCAGCCGAUCGGGGUCACUGCAAAGCUCAGUUCGAACAUGGGCUACAUCUUUUAUCUGAAGGGGAUAUGAUGAAUGCUGUAGUGUACCUGGAACUUGCAACACGUGCUGGUGAGGCCGCUGCAAGCCAUGUAAAGAAUGCUGCACUACAACAACUGUCCCCAUAUUCUCGCAGUCAAGCAAUGAUCCUUGCCGAUAACUGGCGUGCUUCACAUUCGUCUCGUUAAUUCANCUUUUUGGUUUUUUUUUUCCGGUAAGUUUGAUUUGUCUUUGUAGUCUCUUCUCCUAUGGAACAUGAUCUUGUCGAUGUUAUAAAAAGAUGAAAAAAAAGUCCUAUUUGGGUGGUACUUGGGAAAGACCCGAAUGGAGAGGCUCCUUUAUUUUUUUAAGGCUUAUAUAUGUUAUUA